AGCGAGCUUUUGGGUAUUUAUGGGCCACACUCUUCUUCCUCCCACAAACUCUGGUCUGGACAAGACUUUAAUCUUCAUUUUUGUCUUCCAGCAACUUCGAAUCCUUGAUGAUUGAACUAUCUCCUGAGCCAACUUCUUUCCUUCCUCCGCUGCGCGAUGAUGACCGUUCGAGCUGUCAACACCUGCUAUCUCCUUCGCUCCGGUUCUCCGCCGCCGCUCUCCUCUUUCUGUUGCCGCUUCAACCAUUUCAGUAGCUUGGACUUGUCCCGCGGCUAUGGAUUGCAGUUACGGUUGAGGUUCCCGGCACUUCGCGGCGAGCUGGUGAACUUUGGUCAUGGAGGCGUUCGAAGUUGCUGCUUCCACAGUCUCCUUGAAAGCGCCAUGGCAGAGCUCGCCUCCUAUGGCAGACGCAGGAGAGUUCCAGCUGUUGCGGUGAAAUUGACAAGCAGUGGAGAGCUUCUGGAUGAUAAACCUGGAAGCCAAACGCUGGUGGAGGGAUUGCUGCUGGAGUUCAAGAAGGAUUCUGAUAGGUUACUCCUGGCAGUGGCACAGAAACCAGACGGCAAGAAGAAUUGGAUGGUGUACGAUCAGGUUCUUCUACUACAAACAAGCAUGUUGACUAGGAAUGGAGUUACUUCUUCCAUUAGACCCCAGCAGAUUACGUACAUUGUCCCUGGGGUUGAAAAGUUUGAUCAAACAGAAAUCUCUAGCUUUAUUCAGAAAGCUGAAGAUAACUUGGAUCCAUCACUUCUUGAGUUUGCUUGGGUUGAGCUUCUUGAAAAUAAUAAGUCCGUGACAGCAGAAGAACUAGCUGAGAUGAUUUUUGGUAGUGCGGAGCCCCUUGAGAGUUACUGUGCACAUCUUUUGCUAACAAGAGAUAACUUGUACUUUACUGUACGGGAGAAUAAAGGCUCUCGUUCUGUUUAUGUACCUCGAACCACUGAACAGGUGAACUCUCUUGUAGUCUUGAUAGACGUAGAUGAAUUUAUGAUAAAGAACCUUGCAAAGGAAGCAGCUGACCGAGAACUGAACGAGUUUCUACAACUGUUGAAAUCUGCUAAAGCAAUGCCUUCACAUGCAAAACCUCCGAAAUCUUCAUGGAUGAUCGAAGAGAAAUUCCAAUCCAAGAUUCAGUCUAUCGAAGCUUAUGCUAUUGACGAAUUUACAAGCGAGGACCAAAAGAAAACUGCAGGGGAGAUCCUCAAGGCAAUGGGAAUGACUAAAACAUCAUCCUCUGCUGUAAAUCUCCUAAUAGCAAUUGGCUAUUUUCCUGUCCAUGUCAAUCUUGAUCUGUUGAAGUUGAACAUUCGUACUGAUCAUUCGGAGGAGAUGAAUUUGGCUGCUGAAAACAUGUUGUCAGAGUGUCCUGACCCAGACCAUUUUGAGAGACAGGAUCUUACUCACCUAAAGGUUUAUGCCAUCGACGUUGAUGAGGCUGAUGAGCUUGAUGAUGCUCUAAGUGCAACAAAGUUACAGGAUGGCCGUAUCAGAGUCUGGAUACAUGUUGCAGAUGCCACUCGAUAUGUACAGCCUGGAAGUUUUCUGGACAGGGAAGCAAUGAGAAGGGCAACUUCUGUUUUCUUGCCCACUGCUACAUAUCCUAUGUUUCCAGAGAAGCUUGCCAUGCAGGGAAUGAGUCUGAAACAAGGAGAGAUUUGCAAUGCUGUUACAGUAUCAGUAGUUCUGAACUCUGAUGGCUGGCUUUUCCUACUUCUGACUAUUCUCCUUUGUUGGUGCACUAGCAUUGCUGAAUACUCUGUGGAUAACUCAAUCAUCAAACCAACAUACAUGCUGACUUAUGAAAGUGCUUCAGAGCUACUUAAUUUGAAUCUGGAAGAGGAAGUCGAAUUAAGAAUCCUUUCCGAGGCUGCAGCUCUGCGCCUUCGUUGGCGUCGUCAGCAGGGGGCAGUGGACACACAGAAUAUAGAAACUCGAAUUAAAGUGGUGAAUCCUGAUGAUCCAGAGCCGUCGAUCAACCUCUAUGUUGAGAACCAGGCUGAUCAUGCAAUGCGGCUUGUAACUGAGAUGAUGGUACUAUGUGGUGAAGUUAUAGCGACUUUUGGAUCUCAGAACAACAUACCUUUGCCGUACAGAGGACAGCCUCAAUCAAACAUUGACGUGUCUGCAUUUGCUCAUCUUCCUGAGGGACCUGUUAGGACUGCUGCUAUCAUUAAAAUUCUGCGUGCAGCUGAGAUAGACUUCAGGAAGCCUAUACGCCAUGGGAUUUUGGGGCUUCCUGGAUAUGUUCAGUUUACUUCUCCCAUUCGCAGAUACCUUGACCUGCUUGCACACUAUCAGGUGAAAGCAUUUCUGAGAGGAGAUUCUCCUCCUUUCUCAGCCGGUCAGCUGGAAGGAGCAGCAGCCUCGGUAAAUAUGCAGACUCGCCUGAUACGAAAGCUCAGCAGUACGAGUUUACGCUAUUGGAUAAUAGAAUAUCUGAGGAGACAACCAAAGCAGAGAAGAUACCGCGCUCUGAUUCUUAGAUUCAUCAAAGAUCGCGUAGCAGCCUUGCUACUAGUAGAUGUUGGAUUUCAAGCAUCGGCAUGGGUAUCCACCGGAUCAGGGAUCGGAGACGAGGUGCGAGUUAAGGUGGAGGAAGCGCGUCCACGGGAGGAUUAUAUUUCUCUAAAGGAGGCCUUGUGAAUGAAUGAAUGAAUGAAUGAAAGAAUGUGUGUCUAUAGAGGGAAUGAUUUUUGUUGGUAGAGUUAUGUCAUCAGAGUGGUCAACUCUUCAUUCUUGUUGGCCCAUCUCCCAUAUCAAAGCAUGCACAGGGAGUUCCUAGCAGUUGGCAGUUGCAGGAAGUUAAUGACCUCUGCUACCUGCCACUGGCAAAGCACGGAAAUUCGUAAUAGCCUUGAUUUGACGGCUGCGUGGAAAGUGUGCAGAUCUGUAGGUAACUAACUUGUCGUGAUUUUGCUCCCAACCCCCACGCCCCAGGUAGUGUAUUCAUUCCUCCUUGCAUUCAUUCCUACAGUAUUAAAUCAUCUUCUAGGGUAAUUGUAGAGAUUUGGAUGAUUUUCAAAACCUGUGGUGGUAAUGUGUAUCGGUGUUCGGUUAAAACCGUUCCAAACCGGUUAUAUUUCGAUUUGGAGCUUAGAGAGUAGUACAUGGUGAAUACUUUGACGCCGUUUGCGCUCCUCUAUCUCUUCUAUAUAAGUUCCACUUUCCCCAGAAGGAGUUCAUCCAUUCUCUGCUUACAAUUACAUGUUUCUUUUACAAUAACUUAAUACAAAAACAACCAAAGAAUGCCACCCCAGAAACCUACAUAUACUUGAAAGGAAUCAGCAUGGUGAGUAGUCUCCUCCUCACAAAUCGUAUAUCAUGAAAACACACACAAGUAAACGAAGAUCCACCGACCGGAUUGAUCUUCAUCACAAUCCAUCACCUCAGCACUCUGUUGGAGCUCAACUGGAAGUUAUCUUCCCCUGCAACAGUUGAAUGCAGCCUUCCAGCUGCCCAACCAUUGUUUGUGAACUGAGCACCUGCCCGAGCUGGAUCCCCGACUACACGGGUUCCCUCCAGCCGGUCUUCAAACUCAGGAAGGCCACUUGCUUUCCUCUCUUUCCUCUUUCUUCUAUCCUCGUCCCUCUCUUUCCUCAGCCAACUUUCAACCGUUCUCUGCAGUGAGAGGUUACUAAUCUGCUUGACUUUGGCCAUUGGCAUUGCUAAUUGCAACUUCCCAUGAGCCACAUACACCAUAUGAGUUGGCCAUUCCUCUAAGCCAUCAAAUAUGUGAGUGGCGUAGAUGAUGGUGGCGCCUCUUUCCUCACAUUCCUUCCUUAGAAACUUCAGAAGAUCAGCUCGGGCUAGCACAUCGAGGUCGACUGUUAUCUCAUCAAGUAGAAGAACCUUGAAUGGUCUAAGGAGGCCCAUACAGAUCUGUACUCUUCUUCUCUGCCCAUCAGAAACCUUGUGCAGUCUCCAUGAGAGAUCAAUAUCCAAUACCUUGAUGAGCUCAGCUCUUCUGUCAGGGUGAAUACCGGCCACACCAAAUAUCAUCUUCUCUGCAGAAAUGUCCAUUUGAAUUGGCACCUCGAACCCAGCAAAAGCAACAUCCCUUCGCCACUGCACUACCCACCAACAAAUCUCCGAUUCAUACAAAAGGGUUUGUUUCAAUCCAGAUUUGUUAACUGCCUUCUUACUAAGAAGAAGCGGAGAGACUAAAAAAAAUGGCGCAAACUGAACUGACCUCUCCUCCGAGAU